UGCACCCUCCCGAGGCGCAGAGAUGAGCCAGGCCAGGCCUCGCUAUGCCAUCGAACGUGCUGCCUACUCUGUCAGCCUCUUCGACGAGGAGUUUGAGAAGAAAACCAGAGCUUACCCCGUCGGGGAGAAACUGAGAAACCUUUUCAGAUGUUCAGCCUCCAGGUUCAGGCUCACCCUCUUCCGCCUGUUCCCCAUCCUGGGCUGGCUCCCCAGGUACAGGAUCAAGGAUUACGUCCUGCCUGACGUCCUCGGGGGGCUCAGUGCGGGGACCAUCCAGGUGCCACAAGGGAUGGCCUUUGCCCUCCUGGCCAAUCUGCCUCCUGUCAACGGCCUCUACUCCUCCUUCUUCCCCCUGCUCCCCUACUUCUUCCUCGGGGGCAUCCACCAGAUGGUGCCAGGGACCUUCGCUGUCAUCAGCAUCAUUGUGGGCAACGUCUGCAACGAGCUGGCGCCGGAGUCGGACUUCCAGUACUUCAACCACACCAGCAACGAGAGCAGAGUGAACACCACGGCCCUGGAGGCUGCCAGGCUGGAGAUCUCGGCCACCCUGGCCUGCCUGACAGCCAUCAUACAGCUGUGCCUGGGCUUCCUGCAGUUUGGCUUCGUGGCCAUCUACCUGUCAGAGUCCUUCAUCAGGGGCUUCAUGACGGCGGCGGGGCUGCAGAUCCUCAUCUCCGUGCUCAAGUACGUCUUCGGCUUGACGGUGCCGUCUUACACCGGGCCCUUAGCUAUCGUCUACACAUUCAUUGACAUUUGUAAAGGUCUGCCCCAAACCAACCUGGCCUCCCUGGUCUACGCCCUGGUCAGCUCUGUGCUCCUGAUCCUUGUCAAGGAGCUCAACCUGAAGUACAUGAAGAAGAUCCGGAUGCCCAUCCCGAUGGAGAUCAUCAUUGUGAUCGUGGCCACCGCAAUCUCCGGCAGCUUCAACAUGCCCGACAAGUACGGGAUGCCAAUAGUGGGGAAAAUCAGCAUGGGGUUCCCAGAGCCCACCGUGCCCCUGGUGAGCAAGUGGAAGGACAUGGUGGGCACGGCCUUCUCUCUGGCCAUCGUGGGCUACGUGAUCAACCUGGCCAUGGGGAGGACCCUGGCAGCCAAGCAUGGCUACAACGUGGACCCCAACCAGGAAAUGCUGGCCCUGGGCUGCAGCAACUUCUUUGGAUCCUUCUUCAAAAUCCACGUGAUCUGCUGUGCCCUCUCUGUCACCCUCGCCGUGGAUGGGGCAGGAGCCAAAUCCCAAGUGGCAAGUUUCUUUGUGGCUCUGGUGGUCAUGGUGACAAUGCUGUCCCUGGGAAUCUACCUGGAGCCUCUUCCAAAGUCCGUGCUGGGAGCCCUCAUCGCUGUGAACCUGAAGAACUCCCUCAAGCAGCUGGCUGACCCCUUCUACCUGUGGAAGAAGAGCAAGCUGGACUGUCUGGUGUGGCUCGUGAGCUUCUUCUCCGCGUUCUUCCUGAGCCUGCCCUACGGCGUGGCGGUGGGCGUGGGAUUCUCCGUGCUCGUCGUGGUUUUCCACACCCAGUUCCGCAACGGCUCUGCCCUGGGCCAGGUGACUUCCACUGACAUCUACAAGAACCCCAAAACCUACAACAAGGUCCAUGAAGUUAAUGGGAUUAAAAUCAUCACCUACUGCUCGCCGCUGUAUUUCGCCAACUCAGAGAUAUUCCGGGAGAAAAUCAUAGCCAAGACAGGGGUGGAUCCUGGCAAGGUGUACUUGGCCAGGAGGAAAUUUGUGAAACGGCAGGGGAAGAGCGCAGCACAAGCACCAGCAAAGCUCCCAAAAUUCCUGCUGAAGGAGAACAAGACCUUGUCUUUGCAAGAGCUCCAGAAGGACUUUGAGAGCGCCUCUCCAACAGACACCAACAACAACCAGACCACUGCCAACGGCGCCGGCAUCUCCUACAUCACAUUCCGCCCUGCUGGCCCCGGGGCUGGGCCAGGGCAGAGCCCUGGGGAGCUGGGCAGCAGCAGCACCACCCUGCAGGGCACCAGCACCACCCUGCAGGGCACCAGCACCACCCUGCAGGGCAGCACCCUCAGCGUCCUGCCCACGGCCGACACCGACCCUGUGCUGGCAGCACCGCCCUACGUCAGCUUCCACACCAUCAUCCUGGACAUGAGUGGGGUGUGCUUUGUGGACCUGAUGGGCACAAAGGCUCUGAGCAAGUUGUGUUCCAGUUACCAGAAGAUUGGGAUCAAAGUGUUCUUGGCAAACGUGCAUGCCCAGGUGUACGACGACAUCAGCACAGGGGGAGUGUUUGAGGAAGGAGGCCUGGACCCAAGUCACAUCUUCCUGACCAUCCACGACGCUGUUUUGUUUGCACUGGCCAGUAUCAGAGAGUUUGUCCACCCACCCAUCUUGGAAGAGAGGCCGACCCAGACAGAGCUCUCCAUCUAUGAUGAGUCUGUGGAUGAGGGCAGUGCAGAGUACAAGAACCUGGAGGAGGAGAUGUUUGGGAGCAUGUUCCACUCAGAGACCCAGACAGCUCUGUGAGCACAGCGAGCAUUGGGCAGACCCUGCAGAGGAGACUCCUCCAGACCCUCCAGAGGAGAUUCCACUCUCCCACCUCUCCAUGGAGAGCUGUGCUUCUACCUGGGGAUGGAACAGGUUUGCAACGAGGCCAUCACCCUCCAGAACUGCCAGAUCCUCCCUGCUCUGCUCAUGAUAAACCCUCCAGAGGAGAUUGCUUCAGACCCUUCAGAGGAGAUUCCACUCUCCCACCUCUCCAUGGAGAUCUGUGCUUCUACCUGGGGUUACAACAGGUUUGCAACGAGGCUAUCACCUUCCAGACCUGUCAGAUCCUCUCUCCUCCAUGCUCUGCUCAUGGCUGGCCCACCAGAGGAGACUACUCCAGAUCCUCCAGAGGACACUCCUCUCUCCCACUUCUCCAUGGAGAUCUGUGCUUCUACCUGGGGAUGGAACAGGUUUGCAACAAGGCCAUCACCUUCCAGACCUGCCAGAUCCUCUCUCCUCCAUGUUCUGCUCAUGGCUGGCCCACCAGAGGAGACUUCUCCAGACCCUCCAGAGGAGAAUCCUCUCUCCCACUUCUCCAUGGAGAUCUGUGCUUCUACCUUGGGUUACAACAGGUUUGCAGCUAGGCCAUCACCGUGCAGACCUGCUAAAUCCUCCCUGCUCUGCUCGUGGCACUCAGAGCAGAGGACUCUGAGCAGGCAGAGCCGGCUGGGGCAGCAGGAGCUCAGCAGAUGCCAUCUGAUGGAUUCUCAGCUGGAGGGGACAUUCAGCCACCCCUUUGUCCCUCACCAUCCUCCUGCCCCACUGGAAUUACACCCCCUGGCCGUCCUGCUCCUCGCCUUUCCCUCCUCCCUGUCUCCCCCAGCGAGUGAAACACAAGCAAACCCUGAGAGCCUUUCAGGAGGUGUGGCAGGGCAGCUGCUGCUCUCUGAUGUGCACUGAGCCCCGAAUUCCCCUGCGUGUCUCUGCAGCCUCUGCCUCUCCUCUUCUGUGUCCCAGCAUCCCAAAAAACACUGCCUCGGAGCAGUGGCACCCCAAAGACCUCAGGACUCUCUCAGCAGGGCUAAAUUCUGAAAUAUAUAUAUAUUUUCUUACUAAUAGGACAGGUUUGUACUCAGA